AUGAAGUCGUCUAUGAUCUCAAUAACUCUUUUGUUUCUUGCAAAUGUGGUAAAUGCAACAAUCUGGCAGAAUAAUCAAGUCCGGGUCACCAAUUACCCCAACACAAAGAUUGAGCUCGCAGGCUAUGAUUUCACUGGCUAUUCUCCCAGUACACCAGAGAUCUCUUAUAAAGGACGAUGGGACAGUAAAUAUGUAUCCUGGUGGUCAGCACCUGGACUCAAAUUUGGAUUUACGGGACAAGAAGUCGCAAUCACUUUUGGACCUUUAACCUCGGACACGGUGUUAGUUGGUUAUCGAGUAAAUGGACAGGAUUGGCAGCUCACAAAUAUCACUACAAAUGCCACGCAUUUACUUGUCAGUCCAGAGUCUUCCGCAAUCAACAUCGGCUGGCCCAUAUACCCCCCGACGUUUGAGCUCCGAGUGAUAAACUGGGCCUACGGCAUCCAAAUCUCUGCUGUCCACUUGAGUAAAGGUGAAAGGCCGAUCAAAAUUCCAAAAUUUUCAAGGUCAAUCGAAUUCAUUGGAGAUUCACUUUCAUCGGGUUACACAGCUACUCUAGAGGGACUCUCGAGCUUUGCGUAUGGUAUGGGGGCUGGCCUUGGGAAUACUGAAUACUCAAUCACCGCAUAUCCGGGUAUUUGUCUAUUCGAUAAGUUGUGCUUCGGCAAUACUCGAGGGAUGUUUCAUCAAUGGUAUUAUACUUCUGAUACUAGCUAUCGAGCUUCUCAAAUAUGGGGUGAGAAACCGGAGCUCUGGGAUUUUUCCAAGCAAGAUGAUGCAGAUCUCGUAGUGAUCAACUUGGGGACUAAUGACAGCAAUGAGGCAAACAAUGUUACGAGUGCCGAGUACGUUGCUCAAUAUACCUUGUUAAUCGAAGGUAUUCAUGCUGUUUGGCCCAACGCUCAAGUUAUUCUCAUUUCUUUGUGGGAAGGUUUCUUUGCCUAUGGGAAUUCCUACGCGCAAGCCCAAGGGUUUACCACUGAGAUACACAAUAUCCAUCAGUAUUUCAACUCCAAGGACUACCUAUCCAACCCCAUACUGUAUAACCCGCAUACGAAUUCUACCUAUUCGUCUCAUCGGCCGUCUGCUCCAUUCGUAUCAUACUUCAACACCACAGGCUUGAUGCAGCACAAUGAUAUAGGACCAGCAUAUCAUCCAACGGACGUGGGGCAUAUCAAAAUUGCGAGCCACUUGAUCCAGUAUGUCAGAGUGAAGUUUGGGUGGGAGUUGUAUGCGACUGGACCGGAAGUAUUUCACGACACCCUUUAUUGGAAUGACAACCAAAGUUAUUGA